AUAAUGAUAAUAAUAAAAAAAAACGUACAUUUAAAAAUGUCUACUUUAGUGUUACACCGAAUUUUUUUAACAAACGUCCAUUACUAAACAAUAUCCUUCAGAAACGUAACUCUUUAAAUAAUAAAUGAAGGUUCGAUAUCUUUGUGCCACCACGUGGCGUUCCUAUGGCUUCCGACGUCCAAUGAAAAUUAUUCUUUAAAAGAAAAUCAAAUCUGUGCAGUGAUACUGCUUUAGAAUCAUCCAAUUUUUUUUCUAUCACUUGUCUAAUAAUUAAUUUAAUCAAACAUUAAAUUUAAUAAACAUUUAGUAUUUAUUCUCAAAUUCAACGUUAAUAUUAUUUAUUUGUAUGUAAAACAAAUGUUCCCAUUCAAGGAGAUUAAAAGAGGAAAAUUAAUUUGAUAGCUUGUUCGCUAGAUGGCCUUGGAAAUUUCGAUAAUCGAUCGAUAACAUUAAAUAUUCAAAUAUAUCGACAAGAAUCUCAGAAUAUUCAAUUACAAAAUAAAAGUACAAAAGAAUGCUUGUUUUGAAUUACUAUAAAAAUGUAAUAAUGUUUGUAUACAUACAGAAACAUGAAAAAUAUUCUCAAAAGUAUAGAAAGGGAAUUAUGAAAUCAAUUGUCAAAGGAUCCCCACCCUAAUUUACAUUUGUUACCGUAUAUGCAUAUGCAUUUGACGUAGUUUGACGUACGGUAUUUAUGUUGUAUGUUAUAACCUUAAAGCUCACGAAGAAAUGUUACGCUCUACAUACAAAUGAGCAUUAUCUAUAAUAAAAUCUGUCUUAAAUACCAUCAGUAUAUCGUCGUCUUUUAUUAUUGUAUUAGAUUUGAGAAUCGGUUUUUUGCAGCAACAAUUAUUAUUGUUAUUAUUAAAAAUUGAAAUAAUUUUGAGCGGGUAAUAUAAAUUCAUGAAAAAUUGUUAAUAAUGACAACAACUCAAAACAAUCCAAAAUCAAACGAACCGUAUCGUGAAUUAAAAGAAUCACGUGGCUCUGAAUUAAAUGUUAAUGAAACUCUAAAUCCUGGAAAAUACAAUAAUGGCACCUUUGAAGAUAACGUUGAUCGUUCUAUUGAACUAUCCUCCAUAGUUGUUAUACCUGAUGAUACUUUCACAGUAGUCCAAGCUAUUAAUGAAUUGGGUUUUGGAAAGUUUCAAGUAAAACUUUCAUUAUUUACCGGAUUAUGUUGGAUGGUAGAUAGUAUGGAAAUAACUAUACUGAGUAUUCUCAGUCCAUCUUUACAUUGUGAUUGGGGUAUUUCUCGGUAUCAGCAAGCUUUAACGACAACGGUUGUCUUUCUUGGGAUGAUGUUAAGUUCUACAUUUUGGAGUAAUUUAAGCGAUAGAUAUGGCAGAAAGCAGGCUUUAACAUUAUGCGCAGUAUUAUUAUUUUAUUAUGCAUUUUUAAGUUCUUUUGCGCCUAAUUUUCUUUGGAUAUUAUUGCUGAGAGGAUUAGUUGGUUUUGCUAUUGGUUGUGUACCACAAUCGGUUACGUUGUACGCUGAAUUUUUACCAGCUAAACAGAGAGCUAAAUGCGUUAUUUUAUUAGAUUGUUUCUGGGCACUUGGUGCGUGUCUUGAAGUUGCAAUAGCGUUAAUAGUAAUGCCAAACUUUGGAUGGAGAUGGCUUCUUACCUUAUCAGCAAUCCCACUUCUUAUAUUUGCAUCUAUUACACCAUGGAUUCCAGAAUCCGCAAUAUUUGAUAUGACAACUGGUAAAAUGGAUAAAGCUUUGUCUACGUUGGAAAGAAUAGCACGAGAAAAUAAGAAACCAUUACCAUUAGGAAGAUUGAUUAUGGAUCGAUUUUAUCAAACUAAUCGCGGUAGGUUUACGGAUGUGUUAAGCAAGGAAAUGUGCAAGACUUCUACCUUACUUUGGCUAGUAUGGAUGGCUACAGCAUUUUGUUACUACGGUGUGGUAUUAAUGACUACUGAACUAUUCCAUACGUCAUCAGAACAAUGCGGCUCGUGGACAAAUGGAAAGAAAUUAGAGAAUACUUGUCAAUUAGAAUGUCGUCUAAGGCGAAGUGACUACAUAGAUCUUUUGUGGACCACAUUGGCAGAAUUUCCAGGAAUUUUUUCUACCGUCUUUGCAAUAGAAAAAAUAGGACGAAGAAAAACAAUGUCAUGCCAAUUAGUUAUGUUCUCGUUAGUUGUCUGUUUCUUAGGAAGAGCUUGUACGUUGAGUAGAGCAGUAUUGACUAUAGGAAUAUUUUUAGCAAGAGGAUUAAUUGCCGGAGUAUUUCAAGCAGCAUACGUUUAUACACCAGAAGUUUAUCCAACGCAUUUACGUAGUGUAGGUGUGAGUGCGUGUAGCGCUAUGGCACGAAUUGGUGCUAUGAUAACACCUUAUAUAGCACAAGUUUUUCUACAGUGGUCUAUCACAGGAGCCAUGGCGACAUAUGCCAUUGCUGCUUUAUGCGCAGCCAUUGCUACGCUUGUCUUACCCGUAGAAUCUAAAAAUCCAAAUUUAAAAGAAUCUUCUAAAAAUGCUAAAUGAUUUAAGCUUUUGAAUGUUCUCAAUUAUACAAAUUUCAUUCAUUUUAUGAUCAUAUAUAUAUAUAUGUAUUUGCAUGACAGCAACUAAUAUUUAU